UGAAUUAGAAGAAGAAACAAAAGUUAUCAUGUAUACCUGUCCAAGUUAAUGUGAUUCAAUUUUUAUCCAACAGUUAGAGAGUAAAUAUAUAUGAUAAAAAUAUCAAUUCGAGUUUGAAUCUAUAAAUAUUAGUUUUAAUUUGAGGAUUUUUCAUUUAUUUAAGUAUCUUAAUGAUUAAGUUUGAGUUAAGUUGGAGUGUUAUUUUGAGAAUAAGGAAAAAAAAAAAAAAAGAUGAAAGUUUAUUGAGUAGAAUUAAAUCUUGAGUGGAGUUAGGCCCCAUAAUUUGUCCAUUGAAUUCAAUUACACCUCCAUCUUAUUAUAAUAAAUAUUAUACUUAAUUAAAGUUUAAAUUAAAGAUAAGAUUUAGUUAUCUUCCGACUUAUAUCUCUUAAUUAUAUUCAUUAGAAAAUGGUAAGAUUUUUAACUCAAGAAGAAGGGGUUAAUCGGUAUCAUCUUGACUUAGUUCUGAUUUCUCUAUUUUUUAAAAAUAUCGAGUCGGGUCUUCUCCUAUUCGUAUCGAAUAGAAUAUGUAAUUUAUUACUAUAUUUUUAUUUUUUUUUUGGAUAAACUACGUCUAUAGUCCCUUAAUUUUAUAUUUUCUAAUAAUUUAAUUAUAAUUAGUAACAGGUUGGAUAGUGUUCUUAUUUUCUUCACUUCUGAAUUGAGACAGUGGGGGCAUUAGUUAGAGAAACUAUAUUAUACUAACAAUAAUGAUAAUAGAAUAAGAAAUUGCGCGCGAGUUCCCUCUAUCUAUCUAUGUAUAAAUACGUUCAAUGGAGGUUGCAUUUGGAUCAAGUUCUCAGCUCAACGCAGAACAAUUUAAUUGCUUAGCUUCUCUUCCCAUUUUAUUUCUUUCAUUGUCAAUGGCUCUUUCUCAGUUGGCUUCGUAUCCUUUAUGCACUUCCAACAGAAAUCUGCAACUUAGAACAAGUACUGCCACUUUGCUUGGGUUAUCAGUAGGCAGCAAGAACCCACAUUCCCUUCCCUGUCUUGUUCAAUGCAUGACUGCCACCAUUGUUCCUAAUGAAACCAUUGUCCGAAGAUCUGGCAACUGGAAGCCUUCUUCUUUCGACUAUAAGUUUGUUCAAUCCUUGACAAGUCAAUAUCUGGGAGAGCCAUACUCCACGAGAAUGGAGGAAUUGAAGGAGAUGGUGAAACUGAUGCUUACACAAACAAGUAACAAUAUAUUGGAUCAAUUGGAAAUGAUUGAUGCUUUGCAAAGACUUGGAAUAGCUUACCAUUUUGAGGAUGAGAUAGAAACAAUACUGAAGAUCAUAUAUGUUAGCAAUAAUUCGCAGCUGAGAAAGGACCUGUAUUCCACCGCACUUGAAUUUAGACUCCUAAGACAGCAAGGCUAUAAUGCACAUCAAGAAGUCUUCAAUAGUUUCAAGGAUGAGCAAGGAAACUUCAAGGCGAACCUUUGUGGUGAUAUAAAGGGACUGCUCAAUCUGUAUGAAGCUUCAUUUCUUUCAGUAAAAGGAGAGAGUAUACUGGAAGAUGCAAGGGAGUUUGCCACUAAUAAUCUUAGGAAAUAUGUAAGUAAGAAUAAUGGUGAGUAUUUUUCCAUGAUAGUAAGCCAUGCACUGGAGCUUCCAUUGGAUUGGAGGAUGCAAUGGUUGGAGGCCAACUGGUUUAUUCAUGUCUAUGAGAAAAGCCGAGAUAUGAGGCCUAUUUUCCUUGAGCUUGCCAAAUUGAAUUUCAACAUGAUUCAAGCUGUUCAUCAGGAGGAUUUGAAACAUUCUACCAGUUGGUGGAAGAACACAAAUCUAGGUGAGAAAUUGGGCUUCGUGAGGAGCAGGCCAAUGGAAAUUUUCUUGUGGACAGUUGGAGGGAUGUAUGAGCUUCCAUUUGGGUAUUCAAGAAGAACACUAGCAAGAGUUGGUUCACUUAUAACAGUAAUUGAUGAUGUUUAUGAUAUCUAUGGCACCUUGGAUGAGCUUCAGCUACUUACUGAUGCUGUUGAAAGAUGGGAUAUCAAUGCCAUGGAUCAACUUCCUGAUUAUAUGAAACUAUGUUUUCUUGCUUUGCACAACUCCAUCAAUGAAAUGGCUUUGGAUGUUCUUAAGAAUCAGGACCUUCACAUCAUUCCUUAUCUAAAGAAGGCGUGGGUAGAUCUGUGUAAAUCAUAUUUGUUAGAAGCGAAGUGGUAUUACAGUGGAUAUACACCAACUCUGGAAGAAUACUUGGAGAAUGCUUGGAUUUCAAUAGCUGGACCACUGCUAUUAGUGCAUGCAUAUUUUACCAUCACAAAUGAAAUUACGAGUGAGGGCAUGGAUUGCUUAAAAGACUAUCCUAAUAUCAUCCGAUUGUCAGGCACGAUUUCACGACUCACAGAUGAUCUGGGCACUGCCUCGCAUGAAUCGAAGAGAGGUGAUGUCCCUAAAGCGAUGCAGUGCUACAUGCAUGAAACCGGAGUUUCAGAGGAAGUAGCUCGGGAGCAUAUAGAAUCUUUGAUCAGGGAAACAUGGAAGAAGAUAAACGAAGAACAUUUUGGAAAUAGUGUCUUCUCACAAACAUUCAUGAGAUUAGCAAAGAAUCUAGGGAGGAUGUCUCAUUGUAUGUAUGAGAAUGGAGAUGGGUUUGGUGCUCAGAAUCGCCAUACUAAGGAACGUGUUGUAUCUUUACUUAUUCAACCCCUUUCCCUCAAGACGAACCAGUACUAAAUUAAUCUGGGAAAAUUUUAUUCAAUAUAGAGA